AUGAAUGCUUUUGACUCAGAAUCUCCAAACAGCUCAGAAAAAACUGGCCAGACACUACUACCUAAAGAAAAAUUAUUAGCAAAAUCACUAUCGAUGGAAUUGCCUGUUGGAUCAUUAAACAAUAGUUUCCAAUCCUUAGAAGAUUUAUCACACAGUUUAGAAUUAGUAAAUGAACUUGAUAUUGUGAGCAAACAAAAUACGGAAAUAGAUGACUUACAAAUUAAAUUAAAGAGUUGCGAGUCUGAAACAACAAUUUUGGAAAAUAAUGAAUUACGACGACAAGUCACCAAAUUGACACAAGAGCUACUUUUUAUGAAAAAUAUAUGUAAAACCCCACAAAUUGUAAAAUAA